UUCAUACUUAUUUUUAUUUUAUUUUUAUUUUUUUUUUAAGCUUAAUUUAUAAAUGAAAUUUGGGUUCUUUUCUUCUGAUUUUAGUGAUCAAGGAACUGUAGAUGAUGGUUCUUGGAAGUUUUGUGGUUUAGAUAGAUCGCAACGCAUGUUUGCAUUUGGAUUAUGUUUUGUAGCAGGAGCUCUUUUAUCUAUUUUGUCUACACUUAUUUUAUUAGUGGGUAAUGUGGUAGCUUUUGCAGUCAUUUAUAGUUGUGGUAAUAUUAUUUCUUUAUUCAGUUUAACAUUUAUUGUUGGUAUUCCUAAACAAAUCAAGACCAUGUUUGCACCAGUUCGUUUCUGGGCAACUGUGAUUUAUAUUGUUUUACUUGCCUUGACACUUGCACUUUCUAUCUGGUUGAAAAACUUUGCUUUAUCAAUUGUUUUGGUUAUUAUUCAAUUUGCUGCACUUGUUUGGUAUUCAGCAAGCUAUAUUCCUUAUGGUAGAGAAAUCAUUCGUCGCUUCUUUGGAAGUUGCGUGACAUCUAUUUAAUACUUUCAAAUAUGUGUGUACAGAUGUCGUUCUUUCAAAAAUAAAAACAAGACAGAGAAUUACUAUUACAUAAUUUGAAAUAAAUUAAUGCAUUUUAUCUAGG